AUGACAGGCGAAGUUCCAGUGCGCAUCGCCCGGAAGCAAGCGGCUGAGCUUGCACACCAGGCGAACAAAGCUGCCCUGGCUGCUAUCACGAAGCUGCUAUCUUCUCAGAAGACUGUCUUCACGGGAGGGAAGAAUAGCUUGCAGACGUACCGUGCACACGCCGUUGAAAGCUGCCUUUACUUGAUGGUCAAGGGCGGACAGGGCAUGAUGGAGGUGUCUCGCAAAGCCGCUGAAGCAAAUCAAUUCGCGCGCAACUGGGGCUCACGUCUCGUUCGCCUUUGGGUUCACGAGUGGGUCGCAACUCGUACCCUUCCAGAGUCCCAUCGUGGCGCACAUUCCAAAAUCACAUCCUUGCUCACUGAUCCGGCCGCGCGCGAUGCGAUCCGCACUUACCUUCGCUCCAACAAAUGGACUGUGCGCAACCCACGCAAGCUCCAGUCACUCCUCAAAAACGAGAUGGAAUCCGGCGAUGUGAUGAAUUAUGUCAGCAGCAUCCUAUCAGAGGAUAUACCCCUUGGUCUCAAACACUUCAUCGAUACAGUUCUGCUCCCUCGCAUGCAAGUCAAGUAUAGUUGGGUCCUUAAUGGCGAGCAGCCCUUGAAGAAGAAGGGCCCUGGGAGGGGUCUCCAUCAAAGCGAAUUCAUCUGCUCAUCCGUUGGCCACCUGAAAGACGCCGGAAUCACUCUGGAAUACGGGAAGAACCACGAGGGUUUCUGGAACGGCCAGCUCUUUGUUCAGCAGCUCAAAGAAAAGUUCCUUCCCGUGUUCCGGGCAGCUCAUGACCCGGACGUCAUUGCUGCUGUGCUGGUUGACCACUCUCAAGGCCAUUCCAUUUAUGCAUCUGAUGCACUUCGAGUCUCGGAGAUGAACAUGCGCCCUGGUGGGAAGCAGGCCCGCAUGCGGGCGGGUGUUACGUCGAAGUCCGAGUUCCGUCAGGAACGAGGCCUAGACGCCGAGUGGUUAUGUCUGUGA